ACAAGUUUGUAUUUUCACUUUCGCUAGGACGUUUUCUCUGGUUAGGGUCGGUGGAUUCUUCAGACAGAAGAGGGGCCACAUGAACACCAUAAUCUGACCUUCUCUACUCUUUUUCUUCUCACCCAUACAUUUGCAUGUUCUCUCUUUCUCCUCUAUCAUCGACGACUCUUAGUUUAUCUCUUUCUCUCUAUCAAUAUCUUCAUUUAUUACACGAUCUCUCUGUCUUAUGCAUUUAUAACAAUCACGAUAUCUUCAAACCGUCAUAUCUCUUUCUAGCUCUAUAUAUAUUGGUCGGCAAUCGUCGAUUGGUUAUAGCCAUCUCUUUUUUAGCUUACUACUCGUCGUGAAUAUGUUGAGGACUAGUUGCUUCUGUUUCUUUGUUAUUGGUUUUGUAAUCCUUUCUCGGACUUAUUUAUGUGAGUCUCGCCGUCUUGGACCCAUGGAGAAGAAGCUCCAUGUGAAUCGCGAUAACUUAAUUGCGAAGAACAACGAAGAGAUUAAAAAGCUAGAAGCCCCGUCGACAAAAGACACGAAAACCUUAUCAGGCGAAGCACCGAUCGAACAUGCCGUAGGUGAUCAUGGUGAGUUCAAUGAGAAGAAUACGAAGGACGAUUGCAGAGUAAACCGAGCUUCACUAGUCAAAACAAGUGUGUCGUCAAAAAGAGUCUCAAGAACUUGGAAAGUUCCCAAAUAUUCAAAGAAGCUGCCUAGGCCGGAUCAGGAACAUCCCGGAUUCAAUCUUGAUUAUAUGCAGCCCACUACGCACCCACCUCAUCAUAAUUAACCUU